GGGACGCCAGGUUUGCAAGGCGCAGCGUCCCCGCUGCGGGGAGUGCGUCGUGAACUACGGUUGCCCAUCUCGCGACGAGGAAGCCAUCCGGCAAGCUGCCGCCGACGCCGGGGUUCAGGAACCCGAAGGUGCUGCCCACGAUGCCGCAGAUACCGACCGGCCGGACAGCCAAUCACCCGGGCGGCGCCGACGACGCCAGGAAUCGCCUACCCCUGUCCCGCACACCCAGGUCGUCAAGGAGCUCCAACCGUGAAAGUCGGAAUCAUCAAUGUCACCGGAUACGCCGGCUGCGAACUCGUCCGCAUCCUGCGCCAUCAUCCCGAAGUCGAAAUCGCCUCUGUCACCGGACGCAGCGCGGCCGGUCAAUCCCUGGGUGAGGUUUUUCCGCACCUGGACAACAUGGACCUCGACAUCACCGCCGACCUGUGCGCUGACCUGGAUCUCGUCUUCUCCGCCCUUCCGCACAAGGCCAGCGCCGAAGCUUGCAUACCGUUGCUUGAGCAGGGCGUCAAGGUCGUCGACAUCUCCGCAGACUUCCGCCUCAAGCAGGCCGAUGUUUAUCGUGAAUGGUACGGCGUCGAUCACCCCGAUCCCACCUACCUGGAGGAGGCGGUGUACGGCCUCACCGAGCUCAACCGUGACGCGGUAGCCGAUGCGCGCCUGGUCGCCAACCCUGGCUGCUACCCGAGCAGCGCCAUCCUGGCGCUCGCCCCCGCGAUCCAAAACGGUCUCAUCGGAAGCGACAUCAUCGUCGACAGCAAGUCCGGCGUUUCCGGCGCGGGCCGCACCCUCAGCAUGACUACCCACUUCUCGGAGGUGAACGAAAACGUCAUGGCCUACUCCGUCAACGGCCAUCGUCACCUGCCUGAAAUCAGCCAGGAACUGGACUCCAUCGCCGGCGACCCGGUCAACCUGACUUUCCUGACUCACCUCAUCCCCAUGACGCGGGGUAUCCUCAGCUCUUGUUACGCCCCGCUCCGGAGCGACCUCGCCCAGGAUCCCGACGCCAGCGAGCGUGUCCGUCGGGUCUACCAGGAGUUCUAUGCGGAUGACGCCUUCGUGCGGGUAACCGACGCGCCUCCCCAAACCAAGCAGACCCUGGGCAACAACUACUGCCUGGUGCAUCCGGUGGUGGACUCGCGCACCAACCGGCUCAUCGUGAUCAGUUGCCUCGAUAACCUGGUCAAAGGCGCAGCCGGCCAGGCCGUCCAAAACAUGAACCUGAUGUGCGGCUUCCCCGAGGAAAUGUCCCUCGAAGCGUUGGCCGUAUACCCGUAA